UGAAGCUGUAGGACCCCUCUUCAACUAGCCAGCAGCACCUGUCCACCACUACCUGACCAGAGAAUAAUUAAUCAUUCUACUCACUGGAUGUCGGUAUACUCCAUGCCACACAGCUACUAGACACGAUCACAUAACAAUGUGUCAGAUCAAAAUGAAAUCUUCAUGGGCAUUGCGAAUACUUACAAUAACAAUGUUAACACAGACAUUGUCUGGACAAGAACUAAGUGAAGAUGAUGAUGAUGAAGAAUCUCUAGCAGGUUGCAGGACCGCUUUAAACGAUUUAGUUUUCAUUGUUGAUGGAUCCUGGAGUGUUGGAUACACUGACUUUGAUACUGCUAAAAACUGGCUUAUAAAUAUAACAAGUAGCUUUGACAUUGGACCUGCAUAUACUCAAGCAGCUGUAGUACAAUACAGUGAUUCACCUCGGCUGGAAUUUCCUCUUGGACAGCACAGUACAAACCAGCAACUCAUCACGGCCUUGAAGAGCAUGAAAUACUUGGGUGGGAAUACUCAGACUGGUCGUGCAAUUAAGUUUGCUACAGAAAAUGUGUUUCCCUCUUCACAAAGGACCACUCUUGCCAAGAACAGAAUUGCUAUUGUGGUCACAGAUGGCAAAUCCCAGGAUGAUGUAGUUGAGCCCGCUGCAGAUGCCAGGGCACAGAAUAUCAUCAUGUUUGCGGUUGGUGUAGGUUCUGAAAUCACUAAAUCUGAACUGGUGGCAAUUGCCAAUUCUCCAUCUACUGAUUAUGUUCUUUAUGCAGAGGACUACACAACCAUAGACAGGAUUAAAGAGACCAUGCAACGGAAGAUAUGUGAAGAGUCUGUGUGUCCUACUCGAAUACCUGUAGCUUCACGUGAUGAGAAAGGUUUUGAGUUGCUCGUGGGCAUGAAAAUUAAUAAGAAAGGUCAAAGAAUAACAGGUUCCCUAGAAUCAGAAAAGGCGUAUCUACUUACCCCCGAUGUGGAUAUAACAGAAAAUACAAGAGACAUCUUUCCAGAAGGUCUUCCACCCUCUUAUGUCUUUGUGGCAACAUUGCGUUUAAAGUCUCCUGUAGCCAAUAAAAUGAUUGACCUUUGGAGAAUUCUAUCGAAAUCUGGAGAGGUCCAGGCAGCGGUGACAUUAAAUGAAAUUGACAAAUCAGUCAUCCUUACUGUUGCACAGAUCAAUGCAGAUGCUCAAGUCAUUACAUUUAAAGACAAGAGAUUAGAGGCACUCUUUGAUGAGGAUUGGCAUCAGCUAAAGAUCCUAGUAAGGAGUAGAAGUGCUGACUUAUUUCUGGACGAUGUGUUGAUACAAAAUCAAUUCAUGCAAGAAAUGGGGCCAAUAUUUAUCAAUGGCAGAACACAAGUGGUGAAGCAAGAAAAAACAGACAACACAGUUACUAUGGAAAUACAAAAGCUCAGAUUAUACUGUGAUCCAGAGCAAAGUGAGCGAGAAACGGCCUGUGAAAUCUACUCUGUGGAGGAUCCAAGGUGUCCACUUGAGAGGGUGCAGCCCGUAUCUUCAUGUGAAUGUCCGGAUGGUCAAACAGGGUCACCAGGGGCUCCAGGACCUGAAGGGCACAAAGGGCAUGUAGGAGAGCGUGGCCCCCCAGGAAUUGAUGGGAAGCCUGGCUUACAAGGGCCCCAGGGACCACCUGGAACAUCUGGACCUCCAGGAGAGAAGGGUCAACAGGGACCACAAGGGCUUAAAGGCGAUCCUGGAUUUCCUGGGGUUCAAGGACCACCAGGGAUGCAUGGAACCCCAGGUCCCGUGGGGCAGAAGGGAUCGCCUGGCUCACCGGGAAAAGUAGGACAACCUGGGAUUGUAGGAAAAAAGGGUAGUAAAGGUGAAAAGGGAUUGUUUGGUCUUCCAGGGCUUCAGGGACAAGCAGGAGAUCCAGGACCACCAGGAAGACCAGGAUCUCCAGGGCCUGAAGGACCAAAGGGAGGACAAGGUCAACCGGGUAGACCUGGAGCAGAUGGAUCUCGCGGGGCACCGGGCUUUCGUGGUUCUCCUGGUCUACCUGGUACAGCUGGCCUAAAGGGAGAAAGAGGUUUACCAGGGCCUAAAGGGAUCAGUGGAUCACCUGGCCUAAAGGGAGACCUUGGCCCUAUUGGGCUCCCAGGAGCAGAGGGGAUUCAAGGACAGAAGGGGGUUCAAGGUGACCAUGGCUUACCAGGACCUUCUGGCCCUCCAGGAAUAAAGGGUCAAAGAGGAGAUCAAGGAUUACCUGGUUUAGAGGGUCCCAUGGGAGCACACGGGCCUAAGGGUCAUAAGGGGGACACUGGCGAAGAUGGGGAAAAGGGAGAACAGGGAGAAAAGGGUGAAGCAGGACAACCAGGAAUUACUGGCAUACGGGGAGAAGAAGGCAGCAAAGGGGCAAAAGGAGAGAAAGGUGAAAUUGGUGAUGCUGGAGACAAAGGAGUAGAAGGCAAAAAAGGAGACUUAGGGAUACCAGGCCUUCCUGGACCACGUGGCUUUCCAGGUGAAGGAGGACCACAAGGAAGAGCGGGAAUCCCUGGCAUUCCUGGAAAACCUGGAAAAUCUAUGACAGAUGACCAUAUCAUGAAGCUAUGUAGCAAUGUCCUGCGUGCACAGUUACCAUCAUUACUCCAGAGCAUGACUCCGAGCUGCCCUCCUUGUGAAGGGAAACCUGGGUUGCCAGGGUUACCAGGCAUUCAAGGUCGUCCUGGAGAAAAAGGACCACCAGGUUAUCCAGGGAGAGGAGGCAGGUCUGGUUACCCAGGUCUCCAGGGCAUACCAGGUCCAAAAGGCAUAAAAGGCGAUAAUGGACAAAAAGGAGAGAAGGGUUUCAGAGGAGAACAUGGCAUAGGACAGCCGGGCCCACCUGGACCACCAGGAUUACCAGGAUUAAAUGGGAGCAGUGGAGAAGGCCUGCCUGGUCCACCAGGUAUUCCUGGUAAAAAUGGAGUAUCUGGCACUCCUGGGAAACGUGGGCAACCUGGACCGCCUGGAGUCUGUGAUCUUUCAUCCUGUUUCUCUGCAUACGGUGUAAGGGAUGAUCCUUUUAGGAAAGGACCAAACUUCUAAAGGAAGAAAACGUGUGAUCAAUGCUGAUUUCUAUGACCUGAUCCUCAUAUCGAAGAACUGAUCCUCCUGACUAUUUCAGGAAACAAACUGGAGGAGCUUCUGAUUUAUAGCAGCGGUUAUCAAAUUAUGUACUUUGCACCAAAAGUAAUUUAUUAUGCAUUACUUUCGCCAACUCAAGGAGCUGACGUUAUACUGCCAAUUAGUUUGGAAGGACUCCUGCAACUUUGUAUUUUUUAUGUGUGCACUACUUGGAACUUCUAACUGUGCAUGGAUGUCAUUCCGCCUCUUAAUUAUUUAUACAGAGCUAUACAGUCAGCGGGUCAGGUGCCUGAUAAGACAUACCGUAUGUAUAAACAUGCAGCAGACAUCACAGACAAAAUCUAGAAACACCCUAUGGACAACUCAUUUCAAACAAACAAUAUCCAUACCUGGGAACCUCUCAUGGUUGUUUACCUGGAUCUGUCCCUUUUUGGGGUGUGUGGCUUCAUUCAAGGGGCGGGGCCUAACAAUGUUUAGUGGACAGGAAGUAGGCAGGGAAAUCCCAGAAAGUAGGCAGGGAAAUCCCAGGAAGAAGGCAGGGAAAUCCCAGGAAGAAGGCAGGGAAAUCCUAGGAAGCAGGCAGGGAAAUCCCUUGGUGGGGAGUGGUUGUGACCAAAUCCCUGCCAGGAGAUUGAAGAGGCCUAGCAAGUACCUAGGUAUUUUCAACAUCCACGUCUAUCCACGUUAACAUAGCCGUGUUAACAGAUUUGUUAAAUCGGAUAAAUGCAGUAUGUGAAUGUUCAGCUUUUGUAUAAAUUAAGUAUUCCCGGACAUACUGUAUGUUAUAUUGAAAAAGGGUAAUUCUAGGGAUUUGCUGAUCCAUAUAAGGAUGAGUUGGUCAAUGUUUAUGAUAUAUAACUUAUAUAACUUUUCUGAGCCUUUGUUGCUGCUGAGAAUAAACAAUAUUUAAAUAACAAAACAUAAUUCUGUAUGUUAAACUGUAUUAUAAUGGCAUUUGGCUAAUAAAAUGU